AUGAAGUUCUCGCUCCUCGCCGUUGUCUUGGCCUCUGCCUCCGCCGCCCAAGGCGCAAUUACAUGGACGCUCGAGAAGGCCGCAAACCCUACGGCCGACCAGCGCGAUGCGUACACUAAGAUCGAGGCCGCCAUGAACCUGGCCGUCGCAAGACACGCCAGGUUGGGACGCGCCAGCAAAUCCCUCAGAGUCUACUACACGCCCGGCGUGCCCACGGCGGAGGCCAACUACAACGGCGACGUCCGCUUCGGGACCAACCGCUCAUACAUGAACGAGCGGACGGCGCUCCACGAGAUCUCGCACACGCUUGGCGUCGGCCAGACGGCCGCCUUCAACUCCAAAUGCUCCUCCGGCGAUUGGGCCACGGCUUUGCCCCUCCUCCGCUCGUGGGACGGUUCCAGCGCCAAGAUCAAUUGCGGCGGCUCCCACUUCUGGCCCUACGGGCUCAACUACGACACGGAGUGGAGCGAGUCGAAUGCGAAUCGCCAUGUACAAAUCAUCAACGCCAUGCUCGCGGAUGGCAUGUGA